AUGAGGUGGCUGUGGCUGCUGGGGAUGGUGGUGGUUGCCCACGGCCUGGAGAACAGGGUCAGCCUGCACCGGAGGAAAUCGCUGCGGCGAGCACUGCUGGAUGGCAGGGUGCUGGGGAGGGUCCUGCUGCAGCAGUCCCCCUCCCCAGCAGCCAAGUAUCACCCCACCACUGCCACCGAGCCCCUGGCAAACUACAUGGACCUGGAGUACGUGGGAACCAUCUCCAUCGGCACGCCACCGCAGGAGUUCUCCGUCGUCUUUGACACCGGCUCAGCCAACCUGUGGGUGCCCUCGGUGUACUGCUCCAGCCCGGCCUGCACCAACCACCGGCGCUUCGACCCAGCGCGCUCCUCCACCUAUCGCGGCACCACCACCAGUGUGGCCACCUGGUACGGCACCGGCAGCAUGGUCGGCGUCCUGGGCUACGACACCGUCAUGGUUGGGAACAUCCAAGUCCAGAACCAGGUGUUUGGGCUGAGCCAGACGGAGCCUGGCUCCUUCCUUGCCCACGCGCCCUUCGACGGCUUCCUGGGGCUGGCCUUCCCCAGCAUCUCCUCCUCCGGCGCUACCCCGAUUUUUGACAACAUGAUGAGCCAACGCUUGGUGUCUCAGGACCUUUUCUCCAUCUACCUGACCCCCAACAAGCAGAAUGGCAGCUUCGUGCUGUUUGGCGGCAUCGACGACACCUACUUCACCGGGAACCUGAGCUGGAUCCCGCUGACCGCCCAAUCCUACUGGCAAAUCAAGGUGGACAGCAUCACCAUGUACGGCCGCCCCAUCGCCUGCCUGUACGGCUGCCAGGCCAUCAUGGACAGCGGCACCUCGCUGCUGGCCGGCCCCAGCCGCAGCGUGGGCAACAUCCAGUAUGAGAUGGGAGCCAGGCGCAGUGCCAGCGGCGUGUACUUGGUGAGCUGCAGCUUCAUCCGGCUCCUGCCUGACAUCGUCUUCGUCAUUGCCGGCACCCAGUUCCCGCUGCCACCCCAGGCUUACAUCCUCCAGGAGGAUGGCUCCUGCAUGAGCGGCUUCGAAGGCUACGCCCUGCCCACGGCCACCAGCGAGCUCUGGAUCCUUGGGGACAUCUUCCUGCGCCACUACUACAGCGUCUUCGACAGGGCCAAUGGCAUGGUGGGGCUGGCACCUGCCGUCUGA